CAUUCUAUCACAGGACGUGAAGAAAAAACGGAGAAUUCUCUUCUCUUUUCCCAACGCCCUAAUUUUCUCAGAUAACAAAAUUGAAGAGAGAUGAUGGAUACGGUAUUUAGAUCAGCGAGGGAGAAGCUCGAAAAAGAACACAGAGAGAGCAAGGAAACUGGGAAGGUGAAACUCGAACGAGAGAAGAAAGACAAGGAGGCUGCUGAAAGGCAACGCCAAGCCGUUGAAGCUUCUCAAAGAGCCAAAAGGCUUGAAGCCAUUGAAUCCCAGAUGAUGAAGGUUGAGCCUGCUGAAAGGCAAAGAGAAGCCGUUGAAUUCUUUCAAAGAGCACGAAGGUUUGAAGCCAUUGAAUCUCAGAUGGAUGAUGAGGAUAACCUUGGUGAAGAAGAAAAAGAAGAAGAUGACAUACAUAGAGUAGGUGGAGAUUUUAUUACAAAAGCCAUGAUACCUCCAUGGAUGAAGACCAAUAUGCCGCAAAGGGUAGCACUAGAGGGAGAUGAUGAUGAUGAUGAAGAAGGUGCUAAGUGGGAAAUAGGAGACACUCCUGGUACAGCAGGAAACUGUAAAAGGUUUAUUUGGAAUGUGAGAGCAGACAAAGAGAAUAAGAAGAAGACAACGGCUGAUGGGAAGAAUACUAAAAGCUAAUGGAUUAACCAUUGAUCAUAUAGAAUAACGAUGGAUAUGUGGUUUCAGUGCGAUUAAGUUAUGGUUAUGUCUAGUGCGCUUCACUUUUAAUUUGUUUGGUCUCUGUGUCUUUCCAUUGUGUUUAUGCAGCAAGACUCUGUCUUU